AUGACUCCAAGAAUUGUGUUUGAUGUUUCCGAGGAUGAGGAAGACGUGGUCCUAAAUGCCACUCCUCCUUCUCGGAUUAAUAAGAGUAGCACCAACAACCACAACAACAAAAACAACAACGGUAGUAGUUGCAAUAAACAUCCACUCACACAAAACAAACGACGAAAAGACACUACACUUGAUGAUGAUUUCUUUGGGACGCCAUCAUCAUCCGAGGCUUCGGAGCAUGAAGAUAAACCUCCACAACGAAAAAGGAACAAGAAGAAUUUAACUUCUAACGGAGGAGGUGUUCCAACCAUUCAGAAAAGCCUCUUGAGUUAUAGAAAGAAGAAAGAGCAAGGCAUUGCUCCAUCACCUCCCACUUGUACCAUGAUUUCAUCUGACUCCGAAACCGACAAUGAUGAAGAGGAAGAACAACUCACGAGUCAUGUUAACAGACCUUCAAAAAACAGCAGCAGUCAAAAUAGUAAUAGUGCAAUAGUCAUCUCCUCCGAUGAGGAGGCAUCCAAAGAUUUGCAAGCUAUUCUUCAUUACAAACAGACCAGUAGUGGUACAUCAAUAUCCAACAAGCUUAAGAACCACACAAUGACUAGAAAAACAACUUCCAAAAAACAACAACAACAGAAAAAAGACGAUUCCUCAACAACGGAAGAUGAACACAUUGUGAUUGGUUCUAAUAUUACAGAACGAAUUAAGCAAAAGAAACGUAUUGUGGAAAGGGAUCUGGAAGAUUUCAUUGUAGAUGAUGAUGCUGAAGAAUCUGAAGACAAAGUCGAGGAAGAAGAAGAAACAGUCAUACACCAGGUACAUACAGAUGAAGAGGAAAUUGAAACUGGGGAUGAAACUGAAGAUGAAGAUAAUGAGGAGUUUGAAGGAACCUCCAUGUCUCAAGAAAUUGACUUGAUAUCCAUUAACAGUGACGACAUUGAUGUAAAUGCCUUAAUAGAGCUUGAAGAGGCUAACCAAUCAGAAACACAAAGCACGGCUCAAUUGAAAUCCAAAUACAAAAGAUUGAUCAAAAAUCCUCCAAAACUAACAGAGUUGCCCAAUGGUUGGAAGACUGAUGAUGAAGGUGAUGACGCCACGUAUUACCUUCAGAACUUUAUGCUCGAAGGAAGAAUUUAUAACAAACUUUACAGCUUUCAAAAAGAGGGUAUCAAAUGGCUUAAUCAACGUUACAAUGAAAGCACUUACAGAGGAGGAAUUUUGGCUGACGAAAUGGGUCUUGGAAAAACUGUACAAUUAUCAACUUUCUUAUCUGGAAUUGCAGCGGCUGAAGCUGGAAAGCGUUUUUUAGUGGUAGCUCCUUUGUCUGUUCUGCAAACUUGGAUGAGUGAACUACGGCAGUGGGCACCUCUUGUAACUCCGUAUCUCUUCCAUGCUCUACAAAAAUCAGAAUUUGAAUAUGUGAUUAAAUCAUUCCAUAGCCACACCAAAAAACACUCAGGCGUGUUAAUUACCACCUAUAGAACUCUUGUUUCCAAGAUUGGCCUAUUUGUAUCAAUAUGUGCCAAACAAGAGUUUGAUGUUACCAUUGUUGAUGAGGCUCAUCAAAUCAAGAAUGAAAAGACUGCCAUUGCAAAGAAUUUGAGACAGGUUACGAGCAAGGCCAAAUUUUGUCUGACUGGAACGCCCUUAAUGAACAAGCUAGUUGAAAUGUGGGCAAUUUAUGAUUAUAUAUUUUAUGGUGAUAACAUUCUAGGAAACAGGAGUGAGUUUAAGAAAAAUUUUGAGCUUGACAUUGUCAAGUCAAGAAAGCGAGAUGCCAGUAAUUCUCAGAAAAUUUUGGGGAACAAGCUUAGCCAAAAAUUGAGAGCCUUAAUUUCUCCAUAUUUUUUAAAACGACAAAAAAGUCAAGUGCUUGAAAGUGACCACAACGUUGGAAUGUCAAGCAUUCUCAAAAAACAGGGAACAGGAAAAGCUAAAAUAUCUCAAAAGAAUGAGCUAGUUUUGUGGUGCUAUUUAACCAAAGCUCAAGAAGUCUUGUACACUAAUUAUUUGAAAUCUGAAAUUGUUAGACAAAUUUUGAGCAAAAAUACAGACAGAGCUUGUAUUUUGUCUGCAAUAUCUGCACUUAGAAUCAUGUGUGAUCAUCCAAGAUUGAAUGCUAAUGCAGACACAUUUUUAGGCAAGAUAGAUGACAACUCUGAUGAUGAAGAGAGCCUAAACGACGAGGAAAAUAUUGAAAACCUUUUAUCUCAAGAAAGAGAAGAACAGGUUGAUGUUUCUGACAUUCCUUGCGAAACACUCAUUGCUGAAAGUUCAAAAUUGAAAGUGAUGGUAAAACUACUCAAAGAACACAAAAGGACAGGGCAUAGAACGUUGAUCUUCUCUCAAUACACUUCUAUGCUUGAUAUCGUUGAGAGAGUGAUCAGGGAGCAUUUAAGGCUCAAGGUUCUAAGAAUUGAUGGAACUAUAUCCUCAACGAAAGAGAGGCAAUCAAGGGUGGAAUUAUUUCAAAGAGAUCCAUCAUAUAGUUGUUUCCUGCUUACCACUGGUGCUGGUGGAGUAGGCCUCACCUUGACAGGAGCCUCAAGAUGCAUCAUUUUAGACAUCUCUUGGAAUCCUGCAACAGAUCAACAAGCUGUGGAUCGUGCCUACAGAGUAGGACAAACCAAAAAUGUUGUCACUUACAGACUGGUAAACGUUGGAACUAUAGAAGAGGUCAUUUACCGAAGGCAAGUGAUUAAGGAUGGAUUAAUUAAGAACACUCUUGUGAAGGAGAACCAAUAUCGGUAUUUUACCUCUGACCAGGAGUUGUUAGAAAUUUUCACCCUGAGAGAUAAGAGAUCAUCCGAAACACAAAAGCUUCUCGAAACUUUGCAUCCUAAAGGGAAAAUUUAUGAAGAGCUUGAGUCCCAUGUGAAAGAUUUAGAAAAAUUAGAAGAAAUCAAUGGUGUGACAUGGCAUGAUAUGUUGUAUUCAGUCGAAUCAGAUGAUUACUUGAACGAAUCCUUUAACUAUGAAGAUGAUGCCGCCGUUCAGAAAAAAGCACACCAUUAG